CCCACAAUGACGCACGUUUUAGAAACGGAAGCAACAAGAAGUGAGUUCCGCUUGAUCCUUGAGGCGUUAAGCAGUUUUGCAGCGUGUGGGACUUUAUUUCGAUGUACCAAACAGCAACAACUGGAUUAAUUUUGGAUUUUUUUGAAGAUUUUAUAGAUAAGGAAGAUUAUAGAAAUCAGCAACAAUGUCCAAGGCAACCAAGCGCAAGCAUGUUGUCAAGGAAGUUCUAGGCAACUACAUCACUCCUAAUGAGAAACAACAGAUUAUGAAGAUUUCAGGAACCGAUGGCAAUAACCUCCACAAGGCUGUGACGGAGAAUGGUGAGAGUUUUCUGCUCAGCAUGCCCACAAAGUUCCGCAAGAACAUCUGGAUCAAAAGAGGUGAUUUUGUGAUUGUAGAUCCUAUAGAAGAAGGUGACAAGGUGAAAGGAGAGAUCAACUUCAUUCUAUACACGGACCAUAUACACUAUUUGAGGAAACUUGGCAUUUGGCCUAAAGGAUUUGAGGCUGGAGGAGAAAGAGGGCAGCUGCAGGAAGAAGCACAGAAAGACGAGACUAAAUCCAAAGAGCAAGAUGAGGAAGAAAAUGACUGUAACAACAGCGAUUCUGACAAUGAACUGGACCUUUUCGUUAACACAAACCGAGCCACUGUGCAGUACAGUGAGAGUGAUGAAGACUCAGAUGAAGAUGACGAUGAUGAAAAAGAGGACAAAGAUGAAGGAGAAGAGAACUUUUAGUCAAUUCUCUACAUCUAAUCCUUCUUUGAAUAGUCAUAUAAUCAUUAGACUCUACAAACGAACCAUGAAUGUUAAACAAAAGAAUUUGGAGCAGAUUAAAAAACAAUUGUCAGUGCAAGAUCAUCAGUUGAUUUAAUUUUUAAAGUGGGUAAAGACCUCGUCUCUAUGUAUAUACGAUUACAUGUUUCAAGAAGAUCUGGUGUGUUGACAUUUUGUAUUAUUUGUGUACAUAUGGCAAUAAACAUUUCUUAUUUUGUAUUAGA